GCGCGGGCCUCGCAGGCCGCAUUGUCCCCUGCUCCGGCUCCGCGCCGCCCGCCGCUGCCUGCGCUCCAGCCCGGCCCGGUCCUCCUCGGCCCAGCGCCGAGCGUCGCUCGCGGAUUUCGGCGCGGGAAAAGGGCGCGCCCGGCCUCGGACGCCCCCGGCCCGCACAGAGGAGCCGCGCAGCAGAGUCUUCAGUGGAAGGAUCCCCGGGCACCUCAUCAUGUCUCGACGAAGCCAGCGCCUCACGCGCUACUCCCAGGGGGAUGAUGACGGGGGCAGCAGCAGUAGUGGCGGGAGCUCCAUCAUGGGGAGCCAGAGCACCCUGUUUAAAGACAGUCCUCUCAGGACCUUGAAGAGGAAAUCCAGCAACAUGAAGCGCCUCUCCCCAGCGCCGCAGCUGGCCCCCUCCUCCGACACUCACACCUCCUACUACAGCGAGUCUGUGAUCAAGGAGUCCUACAUAGGUAGCCCCCGGGCUGCCUCCCUGGCCCGGAGCGCCCUCCUUGACAGGAGCUCCGUCCUCGACGACCAGCUGCACAGUGACCCCUACUGGAGUGAGGACCUGCGGGUGAGGAGGAGAGGCACAGGUGGCACCGAGAGCAGCAGAAUCAAUGGGCUCAUGGAGAGCAAGCGCUCCGAGGACUUCCUGGGCUCCUCCUCGGGUUACUCUUCUGAAGACGACUAUGUAGGCUACUCGGCGGAGAUGGACCAGCAAAGUUCAGGUUCCUGGCUAAGGGACACUGUCUCUCGGGCAGGCUCUUUUCUCUGGAUGGUGGUCACUUCUCCAGGCAGGCUCUUCGGGCUUCUCUACUGGUGGGUUGGCACCACCUGGUACCGCCUGACCACGGCCGCCUCCCUCCUCGAUGUCUUCGUUUUAACCAGGCGUGUCUCAUCCCUGAGGACGUUCCUGUCGUUCCUCUUGCUCCUGCUGCUCCUCACCUGCCUGACUUACGGUGCCUGGUAUUUCUACCCCUAUGGGCUGCAGAUGUUCCAGCCUGCCUUGGUGUCCUGGUGGGCAGCGAAGGGCCGCAGCAGGCAGCACGAGGUGUGGGAGCCCAGAGAGUCAUCCCCACGUUUCCAGGCUGAACAGCACAUCCUGUCCCGGGUGCACUCCCUGGAGCGGCGCCUGGAAGCACUUGCUGCCGAAUUUUCCUCCAACUGGCAGAAGGAGGCCUUGCGGCUGGAGCGCCUGGAGCUGCGGCAGGGGGCUGCCAGUGAGGGCAGAGAUGGUGGCGGUGGCGGUGGCCUGAGCCACGAGGACACUCUGGGGCUCCUGGAAGGGCUGGUGAGCCGCCGCGAGGCUGCGCUGAAGGAGGACUUCCGCAGGGACAUGGCUGCCCGGAUCCAGGAAGAGCUGGUCACCCUGAGAGCAGAACAUCAACAAGACUCAGAAGACCUCUUCAAGAAGAUUGUCCAGGCUUCCCAGGAGUCUGAGGCUCGUCUCCAGCAGCUGAAGUCAGAGUGGCAAAGGAUGACCCAGGAGUCCUUCCAGGAGAACGCUGUGAAGGAGCUGGGGCGGCUAGAGGGCCAGCUGGCAGGCCUGCGGCAGGAGCUGGCAGCCCUGGCCCUGAAGCAGGGCUCUGUGGAGGACCGUGUGGAUCAGCUGCCCCAGCAGAUCCAGGCUGUGCGCGAUGAUGUGGAGUCUCAGUUCCCUGCCUGGAUCACUCAGUUCCUGCGCCGAGGUGGGGGGGCCCGUGCAGGACUCCUUCAGCAAGAGGAGAUAGAAGCUCAGCUGCAGGAGCUAGAGAGCAAGAUCCUCACCCACGUGGCGGAGACGCAGGGGAAGUCGGCAAAGGAGGCCGCAGCCAGCCUGGGGCUGAUGCUGCAGAAGGAAGGCAUGAUCGGGGUGACGGAAGAGCAGGUACAUCGCAUUGUAAACCAGGCCCUGAAACGAUACAGCGAGGACCGCAUUGGGAUGGUGGACUAUGCCCUGGAAUCAGGAGGGGCCAGUGUUAUCAGCACGCGCUGCUCCGAGACCUAUGAGACCAAGACAGCCCUCCUCAGCCUCUUCGGCAUCCCCCUGUGGUACCACUCCCAGUCACCCCGGGUCAUUCUCCAGCCAGAUGUGCACCCAGGCAACUGCUGGGCCUUCCAGGGCCCCCAGGGCUUUGCUGUGGUCCGCCUUUCUGCCCGCAUCCAUCCCACUGCUGUUACCUUGGAGCAUGUGCCCAAAUCCUUGUCACCCAACAGCACCAUCUCCAGUGCCCCCAAGGACUUUGCCAUCUUUGGAUUUGACGAAGACCUGCAGCAAGAGGGGACGCUUCUUGGGAAGUUCACCUACGAUCAGGACGGAGAGCCCAUCCAGACGUUCUAUUUUCAGGGCCCUACCAUGGCCACGUACCAGGUGGUGGAGCUGCGGAUCCUGACCAACUGGGGCCACCCUGAGUACACCUGCAUCUACCGCUUCAGAGUACAUGGGGAGCCUGCCCACUAGGUUUUCUUGCUUGUGCUUGCCGCCAGCCACCAGGAGGCCAGCCUGUGGGCCCUGGCCGCCCCUCUCAGCACGCCGUGCCUGCCUUCUCUGGGGUGGGCGAGCAGUACCCCGCCACUUCCCCGCACGCUUGAUUAGCGCCAAAUUCCAGGAGCAAGAAGGAAGAGCCCUGGCCCCAGUGGACACAAGAGGAUACACUGUCCCAAGCAGUGGGCAGCUUGGGGUGGACAGUGGCCCAGUGGUCUCGUUUGAUUCUUGGCUGUCCUCAUGUCGGCCAGGUUGAUGUCCCCCUCCUGGGAGGGUGUAUAUAUGUACCAUAUCACAGGGAAGGGGAAUGAAUGAACAUGCUUCAGCAGAGGCCAGGAGAAGCCUCCUGGCCUUGGGCCUUGGUGGUGGGGCUGCUGCCCAGGAGCUACUGUCGGAGGCAUGGGAAUGAAGCACGUGCCAAAGCUGCAGGCAGGACUAGCAGGGCCUGGGCAGGUGAGCAGGUGAGCAGAGCUGCUCACGUGUGGGGAGAGGGCUCAGUGCAGCGCGGACUGAGGCCCAGACACGAAGCACUGGCGUAGGGUUGCUGGGCUCUUCCAGCAUGGCUACUGCCGCAGUCUAGGAAGCUUGCCCCGGGUUCCCUGAGGGUCAUCUGCACACUGUAUUUGUCCUGGGUGUAGGUGGACCCGGGGGCUUCUCAUACCGUAGAGGGCACUGGGUUCUGUGUGCCUUGUCCGGGCAGCUGCCGUGUGUGGCCCUAGCAGCCAGGGCAGGCCUACAAGGACUCCUCUCUGCGAGGAGAAUCGUUGCUUUUUCUUCCCUGCUGCCGAGGCAGGCCUACUGUGCUCCCCAUUCCUGCUAGGGCCUGCCAGUGCCCCAGAGUGAGCUCACCACAUUCCCCAGGGUCAGGAACCUGACCAGCUAUUUGGGACCACUAACAUCUGGGGACAAGGAGCCCUGGUGGCACAAUGGUUAAGUGCUUGGCUAAUAACCGUAAGUUCAGUGGUUCGAACCCACCAGCUGCUCAGUGAGGGAAAAGACCUGGAGAUGUGUUUCCGUAAAGAUUACAGCCUGGGAAACCCUAUGGGGCAGUUCUACUCUGCCCUACAGGGCCGCUAUGAGUUGGAAUUGACUCACUGGCACACAAUAAGCAUCUGGGGGCAGCUGGGAGGGUGGGGAGCAGGGAACUCCCUGGGCCCUUGAGGGGUCCAGUGACGAUGAUGACGUUCAGGGUGUCAUGGUGGGCCCUGCCCCCAACAAAGCUACUCAGGCACCUGCUGUAAAGGGGCCCUAACCCUCAGGCUGCCCUUUGGGCUCUUUCAGCUUUUGCUGGGAUUUUGUUUCCUUUUCUGGCUCAUUUUCCA